AUGGCUGGACAUUCACUGGUCCUUGUGGCCACCCUCCUCUCUCUGGCUGCUGUCGAUGCUGCCUCGCUGGAACAACUUAUGCCCGCUGUAACGCCUGCUGGGCUCGUUGCUCUCAACGGGAUGACCCCGAAGCCCACACCUGCUCCUGGCCUGCCUGCUGGAAUACCGCCUGAGCUAGUAAAGAGACAGAGUGCAGGAUCAAGCAGCUUGCUGAUUCCCUUCCCUCCCCCUGCUUAUUAUUGUGGUUUGGUUGAUGGUGACCCAGAGAACCCCCUGACUUGCGUUAAUGCUCGCGCAACCUGUAUCUACACUGGAAACGCUGCUGGCUGCUGUCUCAGCAAGAAUAUCAACGACUGCACCACCAUUCCAACCACCUGCUAUGCAUCAAGUGUCAGUUGUGAUGAAGCCUGCUCCAAGGACUCUUUGGCUCUUAAGUGCAGCAUCUCAACUCUCCCUUAUUGCGGAACCUAUGUCUUCAAUAAAAACACCAAGCUGUUUGGCUGCUACUCGUACGCUUCGGUAUCAGAUAACAUCUCGCCGCUCUCGCAAUACUUUUCAUCUGUGCUAGGACCUGACUAUGCUUCCAAAUACUCUGCAACUCACAUCCCAUCCACCACCACAGACACUUAUUCUGGGGAUCCUACCAACACUGCAUCAGACGUUUCACCAAAUCCGUCCUCCUCCGGCCUGCCCCACCCCGGCCCGACUCCCGGCCCAAAUCCUCCACCUCCUCCGCAUAGCAACGGUCUCGGAGGUGGUGUUAUUGCCGGUAUCGUCAUUGGCUGUGUAGCUGGUGUUUCCGCCAUCCUCAUCGCCAUCUGGUGGUUCAUCUUGCGCAAGAAGCCAGAUAACACCCCGGCCCCUGCUCCUGCUACCGCUUACACGCAAAACAACAAUAUGCCACCAACCAGCACGAACCCACAGGGCCCUGUUGCCGGGGGAUACUAUGCUCCUGUAGAACAGAAGCCCCCAGUAGAUGACCAGCUCCCAACUUACCCUAACGAACAGAAGGUUUCACCAUUUAACCAGCCACCACAGCAGCCACCACAGCAUGCCGAAAUGCCCGGCUCAGCCGUCAGUUCUUCCCAGCAGAUGUCACCUAUUCCAUCCGAGUUGGCUUCCACGCCAAUGUCAGCUACCCAUGCCGGACCUGUGCCUGAGCAGAUAUAUGAGAUGGGCCCAGGCCGGUAG